GUCAUACGUCGAUCAACGCUCCACGCGACGCACGUAUGUGAUAAGCUCAAUCUUUUAGUGCGAAAAAAAACUUGGAAAAAAUUAUUGUGAAAUUAAUUAAUUAAUUUGAAAAUAUUUUGAAUACGAUAAUAGUUUAAAAUGCUGAGACCACAGAAAAUAGCGGAUCUCAGUCACUACGACUUGUUUAACAUACUUGACUUUGUAAAGAAAAAUUGUGAUCCGAUCGACGAGGCAGCACCAUUCAAUGCUGAGCAUUACAGAGACCUCUACUAUUUUGCGGCCACUUGCAAGAGACAUCGGCUCAUCUUAAGGGACUGGUCGCGCUCUAUGUACAAUUUGCUUCAAAUCGAGCUGCUGCAAAUGAAGCUUUAUAAGCAUAUGACCGUCAAGUUCAAUGAACUUCACAGCCUACUGAAAGGUGCCUCCAAGGUAAGGACGGAUUGGUACAUCGAUACAAUUGUUACGGCCAUGCGGAGAAAUGAAAAUCUUGAAAGCAUUGAAUUGAGAUACGCACCAAAAAAAUACCUCGAGAAUCACGAGGAAAUUUUUCAAAAAAUAUGUAAAGUGAUUCAAGAGGAGAAACUGACAGCCAGUCCCAAAUUGAAAAAGUUUAUUGUGAACAUAGCAGAGUGUGAGUUUGUCGGUCUGGGUCGGUUUCACAAUAUUUCAAAGCUUUGUCUCACUGCCAGAUUUGCUAUGUUCGAUCUUGUCGAGUUCUGUAAGAACAACCAGUCGUUGUCGAGCCUGGAACUGAACUCUUAUCUCUACUCAGACUAUGGAAAACUGACGUAUAUAGUUGAGCACUGCCCGAAAUUAAAAGAGUUAAAAUUCGUACUGAACAAUAAUGGACUGAUAAGAGAUGAGGAAUAUGUGAAGUUGGCCAAUCUGGACAAGCUGCAGCAAUUGGAAGUCAGGAAACCAUUGGCACCAGACACGGAAAUCGAAGAGGAAUCCGACAGGAAACGACAAAGAAUGGAUACUAGAUACGAGGCACUGAUCAUCCCACAGGGACCAAAGAAAGCAAACGUUCCCGUUAGGACCCUACUCAAAGCCAUCGCUGACAGGAAAAGGCAAAUACUGUCGCGAUUGAUCUUGCAAUUCGAAAUAGAUGAUGAUUUGGCCCAAACUAUCGAAAAAAUCAAGAACCUAAGAUUCCUAGAAUGCGGAAUCUCCGAUCCACGAAGUAUUCGACAUUUGGCAAAGCUCAAAAAUCUCACCAAAUUGAGUCUGCUGAACAAGGGGCACCUGAUUUCCGCAGAUGUCAUGAAUCUAGUUUCCAGACAUAUACCUGUCUCGAGUUUCGAUACGCAAAUUUCGUUCAGCACGCGCGGAACUCUUUCCCUAAUUUCAAAUGAUCCAAGCCUUUUCCGGGACGUAAACUGUGCACAUCUAUUGAAUGUUAAAAAUUUAAAGUGUCUUUUUAUUACCUCGAACAUGUUCACAACGAUGAAUCAUAUUUUGCCAACUCUUUUGGAAAAUGGCAUAGAGAUCAAAAGCGAAGAGAUUUCUAUAUCCUUCGAUCUUAAGUCGCAAAAUCUUAAAAUAUUUGACCAUUUUCAUUCUCCUACUAAGAAGUUAUUACUUCCAAUAGUUGAGAAUCUUCGAUCAUUUGAACUUAUAUCCAAUGGAGAGUGCUGGCUACCACUGCUGAAGAGCCUGGCAACACAUUACUCGACGACAUUGCAGGAGGUUUGCAUUGAUAGCAUACUUGAAUGUUCCAUAAGCGAAUUCCUCAAAGAAAAAGACGUCUUUGUCCUGGCUCAAAUAACCUCCCUCCGAAGGGUUUUCUGUGUGUUAGAAAGACUGAAAUACAUUCAGCCAUUGGCCCAGCUGAUGGAGCUGGAGAGUUUAGUAGUUUGGUCAGAGCAUAGUCCAAGGGAAGUCGAAUUCGCAAGGUGGAUGUUACCGGUUCUGGAAAAGUGCCCCAAGCUGGGCUAUUUUGAGAUUACUCUGAAGGACCUGCCUCUGCCGAAGAAGUUCUUUAUGCACCUUGAGAAUGCACUAUGCAAAAGCAGGAUCGGUAUCCCACAUAAGUUGAACUUCUGCCUGGCCUCGAUAGUCCCUUGCAACUUAACCAAAAAGCAGAUGCGGCAGAUUGAAAAUAUGAAAUACUCGUCUGUGCAGACAAAAAUUUUAGAGGAAAUAAACAUGGACCUAACUUCGUAAAAGAUAUCGCAAACGAGAGCUAAGCGGAACUCAGCCGUGUAAAACUAUCGAAUUGAGAUCCGAAAACGAUAAGAAAAUGAAUCACUAUA